CACCCAUGUGGAAAAAAGCGGGGGUCAACACGGGACUCACGGGAGCCAUCUCUUUCCCUGGCCGUAACAAACAAACCCGAGCUUCUAAGAAAACGCACCGUACAGGUUGGAUUCUGCAAACGCCGUCGUAGACUAGAUAAAACCCGUUUCCGUCUGCCACGACAUUUCUACCCCCCGCCCCCGUCCCCGCCCCUAACUUCCUUUUCUCUCUCUCUCGUGCUCGCGCGCUCAAAUAGCUGAAAUCUAGGGCUCGAAUCUUCCCGGUUUGACCUCCGAAACCAUGAAUAUCUUCAGGUUCGCCGGCGAUAUGAUGCACUUGAUCAGCAUCCUGGUCCUGCUUCUCAAAAUCUACGCCACCAAGUCUUGUUCAGGGAUUUCGCUCAAGACUCAGGAGCUUUACGCUCUGGUGUUUCUGACGCGGUAUUUGGAUCUGUUCACGGGCUUUAUCUCUGUCUAUAACACGGUGAUGAAGCUUGUGUUCAUUGCAAGCUCUGCGGCGAUCGUGUGGUGCAUGCGGAGGCACCGGGUGGUGAGGCGCUCGUAUGAUAAAGAGCUCGACACAUUUCGCCAUUAUUUUCUCAUUGCUGCAAGCUUUGCUUUGGCGCUUCUUGUGAACGAGAAGUUUACGUUUCAAGAGAUCUUGUGGGCAUUUUCAAUAUACUUGGAGGCAGUUGCAAUUCUUCCUCAGUUAGUUUUGUUACAGCGUAGCGGAAAUGUGGACAAUUUAACGGGGCAAUAUGUUUUCUUUCUUGGGGCAUAUCGUGCAUUCUACAUCCUUAACUGGAUAUAUCGCCACUUUACAGAGUCUCAUUUUAGUCGAUGGAUAGCUUGCAUCUCCGGACUUGUUCAGACAGCUUUAUAUGCAGAUUUCUUUUACUAUUACUAUAUUAGCUGGAAAAGCAAUACAAAGCUUAAGUUGCCUGCUUGAGCCAAGCAUGGAGUUUUGGAAAUUUGAAGUUGGUUUUCCUAAAUCACUGUUAGUGUUCAUACAUUAAUCACAUCAUUGUUGGCGAAGAAGGGAUGCAGGUUUCUUAGUUUAAUUAAGUCGAUAAACCCAAGCAGGUGGGUGAAAAUUUAGCUGGCUUUAGGUGAAAAUACCCAUGUUAUAGGCAAUUGUAGAGCAGAUAAUAGUAACUCUAUGGUUUUUAGGUGGUGGUAGUCUUUUUAAGUAACUUUUCUUGCCACUGAUUUUGACUUGUAAAGAUUUAUUGGGAGGACACAUGUGCAGACUUGGCUAACAGCAGACGUGGAUGUUUGGUGCACAUAUGAUUAAAUCUGUAGUUGUUUAUUUAUUGUAAUUGUUUGUUUUCGGCAAGAUACAAUUAAUUAAA